UUAACAAUUAGUAAGGACGUUGAAAUAAAAACGUACGUUAGUUGUGCUAACAGUUAGCGAGAGGUCGAGCUAACUGGCUAAGCUGAUGUUAACGCUGGUUUCACCAUGAAGUCCUCAAAGCCUUUGUUUAUGAAGACCUACGUUAGGCAGAAACGAAAGCUGCCGACAUGGAUCUCACCUGAAAACGACAAGCAGGCUUGGGACAGCUCACCCCCGAGCACAAGUGGGAGGAGGAUUAGUGUGGCUAGUCACAGAGCUGCACGUCCUGCCAAGAAAAAGGCCAUCCUAUGUCUGACUGAGAUGAGCUUCGAUGACGAGAGCAUCUCCUCCCCCUUCUGUCCUCAGCCUGCUCAGCAGAGCAAGACAACCAGAAAGAAGAAGACUGGUGUUUCUGUGGCUCCUGUCCGGAGAAAAGCCUAUCUGAUAGAAACCAGCAGUGAUGAGGAGAACAUCAACAGGCCCCUCCUUCCUCGCCCUCAGCCCACUCGGCAUAGCAAGACAACCAGGAAAAGCCGGCUUGUGUCUGUGCCAGGGGUCUUGAUGAGACAGAAAGGCCAGCAGGUUCCAAGGACCAGCAAGAGUGAGGAAGACUCAACGUCUGCUACAGAAUGUCACAAAAAAUCAACUCAAAUGAAGACUGACUCCAAUCUUCACCCUCCUUCUGCGGGCCGCUUUGUAACCCGCCGCAGACGUGCUGUGGCUGCCAAACCCCCUAAAGCGACAUUCAAGACACUGAACUCUUCUGAGGAGUUUACUCCUGGAGCCUUUGGUUCCAGUAGGAUUCUUCGGCCUGCUUGGAAGAGGAAGAGGGUCCCCCCAGCAUUUGUGGUGUCAAGUGCAGAGAACUCAGUGAAUGCCGCGGGGACUGGCAGCUUUGCCACCAACCCCUUCCAAGAGAUAUCACUCAAUGAGUCGGCAGAUCACAGCAUUGGACCCUGCCCCAGGAAGCCCAUCUUUUGCUCUACACCCUCUGCAGGCCCCUUCAGCAAACGGCCGUGCCUUAAAGCCAUAUCUAUCAAUGAUCAAUCCGUCACCCCUCCAUCCGUGUCAGUAAGCUGUAUAGGUGUCUUGAGCACAUUCCAAGAAGACCUGGAUUCACCAGGGCAGCCCGUCGCCCCACCACGUUCUUCACCACCUACUGGGAUUCAUACUGAGGAGAAGCCACAGUCGAGCCUUGAUGAGCAAGCAUCUUCGGGUGAUUUAUUUGUGGAGUCGAAGAGCACUAACAGUGGAAGUAGCUGUAGUGCGGAAGCCAAUAGCCACAGUGAAGACCUAAAAUCAAAGAAUGCUGGGGAAUUACCAAGUCUAAAUCUGCUCUCUACAGAGGACAGUGAAAGCAGCAGUCGUUUUGUGUCAGCAGCAGGAGGGUUAGAGUGGCUGAUAGAGGCUCUGAAGGAGAAAUGUUUGACUGAGCGCUGCACAGUGCAGCUGGAAAGAUUUUACAACCUCACUGUGACUCAGCUUUGCAGUCAAACUACCUACUCGUCCUGUUUGGGGCAUUCAAGCUCACUCCACAGCCAGCAAACAAAUGAACAUCCUCUGUCUGUGGACAGCGUUCAUUCUACUGACCUUUCUCAGUCUUCAGAACCAUUGUUUAAUCUUCAUUUGUCUGGGACCAACAAUAAAACCAGUGAUUAUUUACACUCUGUAAAUGGUUUUGAGUCUUCUGAACAUGCAGCCUCAGUGACUGACAGUCGAAGCACUAACACUUCUCCAUCAGUUGACUGUAAGCAGUCAGCUGAAACCUCAAAGGAACCCAUGGACCAGUCAGCAUCAGUACUUUAUGUUGGAUCUACCCACCACACAGACAGCAGCAAUGAGUUUAUCAUGGGCACACAAUUACCAGCCAACGGCCCCGUGCAAGCACUGUUUACUGAAGAGGCGGUUGUAGCAGUAAAGGAAGACUGUCUUACUAAGAAAUGCACAGUUCAGCUAAAAAACUGGGCUUUGUCACAACUGACUGUUCAGAACCUCAAAGGGUUCGUGCAGCAGAACAAUGUGGGUUUGGCUUGUGAUGAGUCAGCUAAUCCAGAUGUAAACAAAUCUGAAAAUGGCCGUACACACAGCAUCAGCGACCCAGAAGAUCUCACAUGUUCAGGAGAAACAACGGAAGGAGUGACAGCGUCUGUUAGAAGGUCAUCAAAUGACAGCAGUCCAGGAGCUCAGGCACGGUCUAAUGUCCCAGAAACAGAAGAAAAGGCAGCGGCCCUCAAGACGAUGCUGAAAGAGAAAUGUCAAACUGACAAACUCAUUGUCGAGAUAAAGAGGGUAACUUUAUCCCAAUUGAAAGAAAUUCUGCAGCUCAAAGACAGAAAACUUAAAUCAUCCACCGAUGUGUCAGACUCCAGUGAUGAUCAGACAAAGAACCAGCCUGAGAGUAGCACUAAUCACUGUAAUAAAGACACUUCUGCCAUGAAAGUCAAUAUUAAAAAAAGGGGCUCAACUACUUCUGAAGACAAGAUUGCUUCAGACAACGUUCGCCACAAAAGAAAAAAGACCUCUCUGGCUCCUAAAGAAAAGAAAAGGAGGAGCACGUCAACGGACCGACCUGGGACAACCAGGAAGGCGUGUGUGAGCGGUCUCAGUGUGACUCGCUGGAAAAACAAAGACAGUGCCAGCACACACGUGUUCAGGAGCAGGACUGUACAGAUGGGCGGCACCAAGGCUGUGGACUGCAGCAUCAAUGAGCUAAUGUCUGCACAACACAAACAGCCACGGGACCCGUUGGGAACCACCAUGAAUUUCUCCACCCCGAUGAGAGCGAGUCGGCUCAACCUUUCGUCUCUGUUGGCUGACUUCACACCUAACACACACACCUGGAGCCGACUCAAAGCUGCCCUCUCUGUUCAUCGCAAGGGCAUGGUGCAACUCACUCCGAGAAGUUCACGUCUGUCAGUGUCGGGCUCUCGUGGAAGAACGGAGUUAGCGGAUGUCAGCCAGGAUCUCUUUGCCACACCCUUUCGGACACCGCUCCCCAAACGCCUCCAGUCACAGCUUCUCAGCUCCAAUUCUCUGGUUGAGUGUGGGGAUGCAGAUCUGUCAGAUGCAGAGAAGGCGUACGCUGAGUGCGGACAGAAGCGCCCUCUGCCAUGGGAGGAAUGUAUACUCCCUCAGCGCAUGAAACAAUGUGUGAAGAUAGGGGAGGGGACCUUCGGAGAGGUUUUCUCCACCACCAACGCCUCAGGAGACACUGUCGCACUCAAAAUCAUUCCAGUAGAGGGCACUGAGAAGGUGAAUGGAGAGGACCAGAAGACCUUUGGAGAGAUUCUCCAUGAGAUUAUUAUCUCAAAGGAGCUGAGCAGCCUGAAAGAGAAGCAGCAGAACCAGACUCAUGGAUUUAUUGGACUCAUCGAUCUCUACUGCGUCCAAGGCUGCUACCCUCCAGAUUUCCUGAAUGCUUGGGACACCUUCGACCAGCAGAAAGGCUCUGAGAAUGACAGACCAGAUUUCUUUGAAAAAGAUCAGUUAUUCAUAAUCCUGGAGUUUGAGUUUGGAGGCAUCGACUUAGAGAACAGCAAUGGAACGCUGGCGUCUUUGGGGGUGGCAAAGAGCAUCCUUCAUCAGGUUACUGCUGCCUUGGCUGUUGCUGAGCAGGAGCUACACUUUGAACACAGGGACCUCCACUGGGGCAAUGUGCUGGUCAAAACUACCAAGGAAAAGAAGGGGAGCUUCCUCCUGAACGGAGCAACCAACUCUCUGGAAACCAAAGGAGUGCUGGUCCGCAUCAUUGACUACUCUCUCUCCAGACUAGAAAUUGAUGAUCUGACGGUGUCCUGUGAUAUCUCGGAGGAUGAGGAGCUUUUCAUGGGCCAGGGGGAUUAUCAGUUUGAUAUCUACAGACUGAUGAGACAGGAGAAUGGAAACAACUGGAGUAACUACCACCCCCAUACAAACGUGCUGUGGCUCCACUACCUGUGCUCAAAGCUCAUUUCCAUGAAGUACCGGGGCUCAGGAGGGAGGGGUGCCAAGGACAUACGGCUGGAGCUCACUCGUUUCUAUGACAACGUCCUCCAAUACAGCUCUGCCACCGAGGCGCUGGAAAAGAGCCCCUUGUUUCAGUAGUAACUAUUAGCCCAGUGUCUCCACUAUAAAUUCCAGCACAGUUACACGGUUCAAUUACACAAAACCCUAAUAAAACCUUUUUUAUGCUAUUGCAGUUUUAUGAAUAAAAGAAUUAAGACAAAGCUGGCACUGCAUUA